UAAUCAAGCUGCUGCACUUGCAGCAAAAUCAACACAACAACAACAACAAGCAUUACCUGCAUCAUUACCAGCUAUGGCUGCUUCAUUAAUGCGUCAAGGUAAUCCAGCUCAAUAUUUACUUGAUAUGAUACCACAAGCAGCUAAACAACAGCAACAGCAGCAACAACAUCAUCGCCAUUCGAACGAUUUUAUUACUUGCUAA